ACGAGACUUGCAAUAUGGCACAUGAAGGAGUUGUUAACGAUGAAAUCCAAUGUACAAAUAUGUUCAAUGUCCUGCCUGGUGGAACAAUGAAUGUGACUUUAAAGCAGGGAGAUAAUGUUGUUAAUCUUUUCAAAAAGAUGGGAUUGCAGGACAUUAAUAAUGAACAAAAUUCUGACGAAAGUCCUGUCAAUAGUGAUAGAGAAAGUGAAACACCAGAUGAUUUAAAGAAAACUGAAUUGGAUAUCGAUGAAGACAGAUACAGUGACGAUAGCGAUAAAAUGCAAGAGAAACUGAAACAAGGUCUAAAAGAAAUCGCAGAAAUACAGCUCACAGAAACAAGUCAACUGGAAACAUUGAUACUGAUUCUCAAACAAUAUGUCAAGAUGGGAGAAGAAGCAGAAUACAUCGAAACAAGAGAAAAAAUUAAUACCAUAACCAGUACCACUACAGAUAUAAACAAAAUCCUGACAUUAGCAGCUAAAUACAUGAAAAAAGGUCAAGAAUUUGAGAUGAUUGUUACAUGCACCCAGGCAGUUUGUUGGUACAAGCACCGAGCAAUGCUCGGAAAAGAUCCACAAACUUGUAUCAGGCAGAUGGUAUCGGAGUGCAUGUCUCUUUCAUCUAUCGCUGCUCAGCAAAUGUUCAAAAACAAGAAUGAAGAAAACGACCUUUACAGCAUAUAUAUUAUCUCCAUGAUGUACGAGAUGCUGCUAGAUGUAAAGGAUAUUACCGAGGUCAAUCAAGCAUGUAAAGUUGGCAUGACAACGUCUGCGUCAUAUCACGUGGCUUGCGUGCAUUUUUUCUUAGAUCAAUGGGGGGAAAUGUAUGAAAUUUGCCAGGCUGCUAUUUCAGAAAUUAAGGACAUAUGUGGCAACAUUGCCAAGGAAUGCCUUGUCUUCGGUGAUGUUCUACUUAUGGCCGGAAUAGCUAAAUAUAGACUCGGACAAAAUCGAGAAGCAGAAAAACUAUGGCGGGAAGCGGUAGAUACUUUUGAUGCUGAAGGCAGCAUAAACAGCAACCCAGAAAAAGAAAGAAAUAUUAGACUUGUGAACCAUUGGCUUUCACUUGUAUCUUUGUAGAAAUGAGAAGAACAAACACUAAGUGAAUAUUUUCCUGUAUUUCUACGCUAUUUUUUAUUUUAUUUUCACGAAACUAGCACUACUAACUAACUUUUAACCAAGCAACUAACUAAACAUACUAAUAUCCAACUACUGACUUAUAGAGGGAAAAUUUUCCCACAUUAUCGGAUGUAUGGUAACAGUUAUUAAUACAGGAUAACCCAACCCAAAGCUCCUCAGAAAAAAACUGAAUAAAAUACAGAACCUAUCAAUUCCUUGGUUACGUCUACAAAAAUGAAGAAAAUUUUGUUACAACUUGAAAUUCUUUCUGUGUAUGAUUGUACCCAGAAGUGUCAGUAAUUUGGAACACUUUAUUAUGUUCUCUCUAUAAUAUAUUCCAAACGACCUGGGUUCUAUUUUUAUGGGUCACCUAGUCAAGAUCUCAAGUUUUGGGGCGUGAUGAGGGUGGCGGCCAUCGACAUGUUCGUUCAGCAAUGAGGACAUGGCAAUUUGAAAUUCUGGGGCGCGAGGGAGGUGUUGGUCUCAGGCUGAACAAUAGACUCAUCAGCAAUGACAAACCUCUGAUGACAAAAUAGUAGACAGAUAGCCAUAAGCUACUGUUCUUUCUUAAAUUCCAUGCGACAAUUGGGAGCAUUAAUAACUAUAAAUAAGGCAAGAAACGGUGUAGUCUAUGAACUGCACUGUGAACUUCUUAACAGGGAUUAGUCUGGUUUGCAGACGAAUUUACAAAAACUCACUUAUCUCGAAAUGUGAACCAGACUUGAUAAUCAAGCAAGAUUGGGUGUCAAACAGUUAACGUAUAUACAUGAUAGAUGAUCUCUAAAUAAGACUUUAAAUACCUUUAGCUUAUAUUAAAAUUAUGUUAUUUUUUGUUGGUAAAAUAUUGUUUUACCCAUUUGAACUGUGAACUAAAAAGUUACAAAUCUAUUUUAUGCAUUUCAUUUAAUUAAUCAUACGAUCUAUUUGAACAUCAAAUACAAUCUAAAACAAAACACUUUCAAUCAAAUUUUGAAACUAAAGCCAUUACUACAGAAUUAUGAUUCAAAAAGGAUAAAUUUCUAAUUUUAUCAAAAGCUAUUUACUUUGAAGUAUUUGAAUUUAUUUAUCCUCCUAAAACAGCUUUUGUAAUAUUACAAUGAAAGUAUAGGAUGUAGAAAACAUGCAUAUAACCAAAGCUAUUAUCAAUGGAUAUGAUUUUAUAAAUAAAAAUGUUUAGAUAGAUUUUAUCGUUAACAGUGUCUGUGCCUUUUUGGUAAAUUUCAGUCAAUAAUUAUUUCCUUUUCGAGGCAGUGUUGGAAGAUAAAUUAAUCUAUAAAAUCAAAAUUCUAUGCUGAAGAGACAAAGUCAUUUAAAAAUUACGAUAGUUAUAUUGUAAAAUGCGACUGAUUUUCUUAUUUUUUUUAUAUCAAUGUUAUAUUUUAUAUUCUUUCAUGCAAAUAUAGGAAGACAAAAUCUGC